UGUAUUGUACCAUACCACCGAAACUCAUCAAAACCUGUAUCACCUCAGCUCACCGCCAGACGCCAUGGUCUAGCCUUGGGAUAGAUAUAUGCAUGAACAUGUCCGUUGGCUUUGCGAUGGUGAUUGGGACCUGGCCUUUCUGCGCUUCACACGCACACCACAUGUGCGCGUUGCAUGCUCGACAUGUUUCUUUGUGCUUCUCUCCUCGCCACGGAGACGCAGGUGGUGUGGCAAACGGUUGCCAGAAGCCGUUUAGAAGGCAGCACAGGACCAGGAGGAAGGAACCCAAGCGUUACACGGCAUCCUUCACGUUUACCAUUAAACGAGGUUUCGGGGAGGGACGGGGGGACCCAGAGACGGAGCGAAAAGUGAAGCAACGCAGGAGAAAUGGGAUGAGACAGACAUCUCCACAUCUCCUCGGUAUUUCAUGCCGAUAACCUAACGCUAGAUUCGACAGGGUCGGAAGGUUGAGGUCCCGAGAAACGACAUAAGCCCGGAUCGAGAAAGAUGAAACUGUC